AUGGCCAAUCCACAUCAAUAUGCGCUCGAACCGGCUGCGCUCGCGUUCGCCAAAGACACAUCUACCCCUCCCUUCCUUUUCCAGCUGCCGCCCGAGGACGGUCGCAAAGCAGUAGAAUCCGUCCAAGAUUCAGUCAUCUACAAGCCCCAAAUCGAUGAACAAUGGGUCUCAGUACGUGGCGGUCCGACUGGCCCAGUGCCGACCCGAAUCAUCAAACCUCGAGGCGCCCAAGGGCCGCUGCCUGUGGUGCUGUACACUCAUGGUGCGGGGUGGGUAUUCGGCAGUGCACAUACACACGACCGUCUGGUGCGCGAUCUAUGUGUUGGUACCGGUGCCGCUGUGGUUUUCCCGGAGUAUACCCGCGCCCCUGAUGUCAAGUACCCCACACAAAACGAACAGUCCUACACCGUGGCGAGAUGGGUCGUCCAGCAUGGCAGCGAAUUUGGUCUUGCGGGUGACAGAAUGGUUGUAGCCGGUGAUUCAGUAGGAGGAAACAUGGCAAUCGCCCUAAAUCUCAUGGCCCAUCAACGAAAGGACAUUUCCUUCAAGGCGGUUGCCCUGUUCUAUCCGGUGACCAACGCCAACUUCGAUACCGGGUCGUACAAGGAGUUCGCCGAGGGGUACUUUCUCGCUCGAGAUGGAAUGCGAUGGUUCUGGGACCAAUACACGGCUGACGAGAAGCAACGAGCGGAAAUCACUGCCAGUCCCCUUCGUGCCACGGAAGAACAGCUCGCCUUCUUCCCCCCGACCCUUGUGAUAACCUCCGAAUGUGAUGUUCUACGGGACGAAGGUGAGGCGUUCGCUGCCAAGUUGCGCAAUGCAGGCGUUCAGGUUACCGCUGCGCGUUACGGCGGCAUCAUACACGACUUUGUAAUGAUCAAUUCCCUACAUGACACAAAUGCGUCAAAGGCGGCUGUAUCCCAAGCGAUUGCGCACCUCGUCCAAUACCUUUGA